AUGUCCCCAGGCCCUUGGACGCUUUGUGGGGCUUGCCCACUCGGCGGCCGGCCUGGAGCUCCGGGCCUGGAGCACCUGCUGCAAGGGGGGGCUCCACCGGCCAGGCCCCCGGCCGGGGCGCUGGCCGGGCAUCCGCUGGCGCAUGCCCUGCCCGGGCCGGAGACCGGCGCCUGGGCCGAGCUUUCCUCGCUGCUGUCGCAAAUCCGCUUCUCCCAGUGGUCUGCGCAGUACCUGUUCGAGGUCCGCCCCGAGGGGCGCCUCUCCAGCGAGUGGCGGAACCACUUCCUGCGUGAUGAUCCGCUGACCGUGGUUCGGUGGGGCACCGACGUCGACCCCCUGAGCCGGGCGGCCCUCGCCCUGGAGUGGGCCUCGGUCCACAAUGACCCGGUCCUCUUCCCGGAGCCCGGGUCGGAAAAGCUGGACCCCAGUGACGCCGGCUCCUGGAGCCUGAGCCUGGACUUCCGCCCGGAGGCCACCUUUCGCAUUGGCCACACGCUGGCCUCGCUGCUGGCACACUGCCAUCACAUGGCCCAGCUGCCACCGCCCCCCCAGCACCUGCCCUACCAACACCCGUCACACCCGCACCCGCACCAGCAGCACCCGCACCCGCACCCGCACCCGCACCAGCCCCCGAGCCAUCCGCCCACGCCGCAGCACCGGGUGCUGCAGAGCGCCAUGGCCGCCGAGGCCACGCGCCUCCUCCAGGUGCAUCUCCCAUCGGCCAUGCGCCCGCGCGACCAGGCAUCCGGCGCCGGGUCCCCGAGCGCGCCGCUUCUGCCGCCUGGGCACCCGCGCGCCGAGGGGCCUGCCGGUGGACUGACCGCGCCCACGGGCCUGGCCACGCCGGCCGGCCCCCCGGCCGCUGCUCUGGCUGCCACCACCGGCCCGGGCGCCGGCUCGGCGGCGACCACGGUGACGGCGGCCACGACAGCACCAACCGCACCGACGGUGCCGCCAGCCCCGGCCCGCGGAGAGGAGGCCAACGCCACCGGGCCGGCGGCCGGCUUGGAUCCCCCGGAGCCGCAGGGGCUCCUCGGCGGCCGGCCACAUGCCAAGCGCACCCCCCUCCGGCCGGGGGCGGCCUCCCUGCUGGGUGGCGGGGCGGCGGUCCUUUCGCAGGCCAUCCAGGGCUUGCAGCGGAGCGCCGGCGCCAGCUCGGCCGAAGUGCCCGACAAGGGCUCCGCCUCGGGCGCCGGCCCGGCCGGCCACCGCGCCACCACCGACCUGGUGACCGACAUGGUGAGCGCCCUCUUUGCCCCGGGGCCCGGCCCCAGCCCGGCCCCGGACCCGCCGCUCGUGGAGCUGGCCCAGGCUCGCCCCAUCCCCUUCGACAGCUUCCUCUGGCAGCUGUCCGUCCAGGUGGGCCAGCUCCUGCAGUCCAAUCCGGCCAUCCGGUCCGAGGCGCUCCGCUGUUUCUGGGCCAAGUUCCACUUGGCCAUCCUCAGUCACUGGAAUGCCAAAGUCCCCAUCCCCCGGCUGGAGACCGGCAAUCCCAACAUCAUGCGACCGCUCCUGUACCAGAAGCUGCAAAUGCUGAACCACUGCAUGAAGCGCUUCCAUGACCGCCAGCACCUGCUGGCGCAGUAUCACCAGGAGACCGGGCCGGUGGGUGGCCCAUCGUCGCCGGCCGCGGGGCAGUCGCCGCCGAUGCCGCGGCCGAUGUCACCGGCGCCGCCGAUGUCCGCCCCCCUGAGCCCGGGUCCCCAUGGCGAGGGCACCCUGGCCAUCCUGCCGGCUGAUGAUGCGGUCCUCGACUCGUACGACGCCCGAGACUGGGAUGACUGCUUUGCCGAGAGCCUGCCCCCUGGCGGCACGGUCGGUCCUCCCCUUGCCGCCAGGGGGGCCAAGACCAUGUCCCCCGGUCCGGGGCUCGGCCAGGCGUCGCCGGCGCCGGGUGGCGGCCCCCCGGCCGACCGGGCCUCCUGGCGGCCCACCUCCGCCGAAAUGGCCAACAAGCAGGCGGAUCCCCCGGCGGCCGGGGCCGGGCGUCGGCCACAUUCGGCCGGGGCCGGGCUCCCCCCGCAGCCGGGGCUCCCCUGGCCGGCGCCGGCGUCCCCGGUGGCGGCUUUGAUCGUGGCCCCGGCCAUCCGGCCGACGGCGGUGUUUUCCUCCGAGGCCGAGGCCGAGGCCGAGGUCGGUGCGCGGCCGCUUGGCCGCCACCGGGCCCACCCCUCGCUGCGCCUGCUCCUGCACCCGGACCGGCCGGUCUUCGUGCCCUUCACCCAGGAGGUGGAGGCUCUGACCGAGGACCAGCUGGCCAGUCAGCAGAUGGACUUCGAGCAGCUGGGGUCCUCGUCCGACGCCUCGGCCCAGCGUGCCCAGAUGCAGUCGCGCUGGCUGCUGUCCGACAUGCAGGCAUUCAAGGCCGCCAAUCCGGGCUGCCGGCUGGAGGACUUCAUCCGGUGGCACUCGCCGGCCGACUGGGCCGCCACCCCGGAGGGAGUCGGCCUGACGCCGGCCGAGGCGACGGGCACCGGGCCUUCGCCGACGCCGUCCUCGGCCUCCUCGCCGACUGUCGCCUCUCCCGCUCCUCCCCAUGCGUCCGCCUCUCCUCCUCUUUCUCCUCCUGCCCCCCCUCCUCGCCAACCCGCCCGGUCCCCCGGGACCCGGCCAUCACACGCCGAGCACCAUCCCGAGCCCGAGCCCGGGCCCGGGCCCGGCCCGGUGCCCAAUGCCCUGGGCUACCUGUCCCGGCGCUUCCGCGGCCCGAACAACUUCUGGUGCCGGCUGUGGUCCGAGGCCCGGCCGGUGCCGGUGGCCGAGCAGGAGCCCCUCUUCGAUGUGGACCACCAUGCCGGCGUGGUCUUCGCCUAUCUCGAGGGAAUCAGCGAGAUUGAUCUUCUGUCCGAACUCCUGCCCUAUGUCUUCUUGUCGUGUGCACACUCCCUGCGCCUGGCCGCCCAGCGCAUGGGCAUCCCCUCGAUCGGCAACAAUGCCCCGUUGACCGAGCAGCUCCUGGCCACGGCCAUGCCGCCACUUGCGGACCUGCCGGACUACCAUGCACCAGCGCCACUGGUGGUCAUGCGCCCGGUCGGGGGCGCGCCUCCCCGGCGCCCGACACCCGACGCCCUUGGCACCUCCAUCGACGGCACCCUCGAACGCCAGCGUGUCAUGGAGUUCCUCCGACAGAACAGCCCACAAGGUCAGCUCGUCCCCAACAGCCGGCACUUCGUGCUGCAUUGCUCGGCCCCAUGGCCCAGCAUCUCCAGCUCGCGGGUCACCCCGCACCGGCUGUACGUCGGCCUGGCCGGCGAGACCAUGGUCCUGGCGGAGAUCAUCACCUCCGACACCAUUCACUUCCUGUAG